GGCCCCUGACGGCCCCCGGCGGCCCGGCGCCCCCGCGCCUCCUGGGGGGCCGUCGCCCAGCAACGCCCGGCACGCCCGCCCAUCCCCCGCUGCCCUUUUUCUCCUGGCCGGGUGCGAGGGAGCAUGCCCGCGCCUGGCCUUAGCCAGCUGAGUUAACCCGAGGGGCGUGGAGCUGCCCCUCCCCCGGGGGUGUCCUCCCCUCCCUUGCUAGGCGGCCCGCCCCCUGCGCUAGGGUAUGGCCCCCGGCCCGGGCCCGGGACCCGAGGUCCCGCACUCCGGCCAGUGAAAGGCGUUUUCCCGUUCCCGCCCUCCUCCCUUCGCUGGCCAGCACCAUGGGAUGUAAUAUGUGCGUGGUUCAGAAACCGGAGGAGCAGUACAAAGUGAUGCUUCAGGUGAACGGGAAGGAGCUCUCCAAGCUGUCUCAGGAGCAAACCCUGGAGGCCCUGCGCUCCUCCAAGGAGCCUCUAGUGAUCCAGGUGCUGAGACGCAGCCCCCGCCUCCGGGGGGACAGCUCAUGCCAUGACCUGCAGCUGGUGGACAGUGGCACUCAGACCGACAUCACCUUUGAGCAUAUCAUGGCGCUGGGCAAGCUGCGCCCGCCCACCCCGCCCAUGGUCAUCCUGGAGCCGUACGUCCUGUCUGAGCUCCCCCCCAUCAGCCAUGAGUAUUAUGACCCGGCGGAGUUCAUGGAGGGCGGCCCGCAGGAGGCAGAUCGUAUGGACGAGCUGGAGUAUGAGGAGGUGGAGCUGUAUAAGACCAACCACCGGGACAAGCUCGGCCUGAUGGUUUGCUACCGCACGGAUGAUGAGGAGGACCUGGGCAUCUAUGUUGGAGAGGUGAACCCCAAUAGCAUUGCAGCCAAAGAUGGCCGGAUCCGCGAGGGAGACCGUAUCAUCCAGAUAAAUGGUGUGGACGUCCAGAACCGGGAGGAGGCGGUGGCCAUUCUGAGCCAGGAGGAGAACACCAACAUCUCCCUGCUAGUGGCCCGGCCUGAGAGCCAGCUGGCAAAGCGGUGGAAAGACAGUGACCGGGAUGACUUUCUGGAUGACUUUGGCUCUGAGCACGAGGGGGACUUGCGUGCACGCAAGCUGAAAUCCCCCCCUGCCCAGCAGCUUGGCAACGAAGAGGAGAAAGGGGUCCCCGAUGCAGGCACGGGCCUGAGCAACAGCCAGGAGCUGGACAGCGGGGUGGGCCGCACCGAUGAGAGCACCCGCACCGAAGAGAGCUCCGAGCAUGACCUGCUGGGGGAUGAGCCUGCCAGUGCCGCCGACACACCCGGGGCCCUGCGCAAGAGCCGGGACCUCCACUUCAGCAUGGACUCGCUGCUGGCAGAGGGGGCAGGGCUGGGGGGUGGCGACAUCCCGGGCCUCACCGACGAGGAGUACGAGCGCUACCGGGAGCUGCUGGAGAUCAAGGGCCACCUGGAGAACGGUAACCAGCUGGGCCUGCUCUUCCCCCGGGCCUCGGGCGGCAACGGCGCUCUGGAUGUGAACCGCAACGAGAGCCUGGGCCACGAGAUGGCCAUGCUGGAGGAGGAGCUGCGGCACCUGGAGUUCAAGUGCCGCAACAUCCUGCGGGCGCAGAAGAUGCAGCAGCUGCGGGAGCGCUGCAUGAAGGCCUGGCUGCUGGAGGACGAGACUCUCUACGACCUGGGGGCCGGUGAGCCCAAGAAGCACGAGCUGUCUGACAUCUCCGAGCUGCCCGAGAAGUCGGACAAGGACAGCACCAGCGCCUACAACACGGGGGAGAGCUGCCGCAGCACCCCGCUGUUCGCCGAGCCCUUGCCAGAGAGCCCCCUGAGGCGGGCUGCUGCCGGCAACUCCAACUUGAACCGGACCCCUUCCGGCCCCACGGUCACCACCCACCCCAAGGCAGCUCCCCCGCAGGGGAGCCCCGCCAAGUUCCGAUCUCUCUCCCGGGAUCCCGAGGUGGGCAGGAGGCAGCACUCAGAGGAGCGUGUCCGCAGAGGCCCCAAGACGGGUGUGACCCUGGAGCGCGUGGGCCCGGAAGGCAGCCCGUAUCUCUCUCGGCGCCACCGUGGCCAGGGCCAGGAGAGCGAGCAUUACCACAGCUGUGUGCAGCUGGCCCCGCCGCGCGGCCUGGAGGAGCUGGGCCAUGGCCCCCUGAGUUUGGCUGGUGGCCCUCGGGUGGGCGGGGCAGCGGUGGCCCCCGAAGCACCCCGCAUGGAAUGGAAGGUCAAGGUACGCAGUGAUGGGACCCGGUACGUGGCCAAGCGGCCGGUGCGCGAUCGCCUCCUGAAAGCCCGGGCCCUGAAGAUCCGCGAGGAACGCAGCGGCAUGACCACGGAUGAUGACGCGGUGAGCGAGAUGAAGAUGGGCCGCUACUGGAGCAAGGAGGAGCGGAAGCAGCACCUGAUCCGGGCCCGGGAGCAGCGGAAGCGGCGUGAGUUCAUGAUGCAGAGCCGGCUGGAGUGCCUGAGGGAGCAGCAGAAUGGCGACAGCAAGGCUGAGCUCAACAUCAUUGCUUUGAGCCACCGCAAAACCAUGAAGAAGCGAAACAAGAAGAUCCUGGACAACUGGAUCACCAUCCAGGAGAUGCUGGCCCACGGCACUCGCUCUGCCGACGGCAAGCGGGUCUACAACCCUCUGCUCUCCGUCACCACCGUCUGAGCCCCGCUGUGCUCCGGGGUGGGCCCUCUGCCCCAGCCCAGUUCCAGUGAGCCUCCCAAGACCCUGUCCCCUGCUCGCCCUUAGAAUCACUAGUGUGUGUCUGUAAGUGUGUGCACAGGACUUUGACCAGAGAGAAGCCCCCAAGGUGAAGGGACACUUCUCUCUGUCGGCUACUUCCUCCUCUCCAAGUACAGCUUUGUGCAGGCUGUGUGUGUGCAACACAGGCCCACGCACGUGUACGUGCACACACAUGUGCACCCCUCCAGAGCUCUCAGCAUGGGUCCUCGGGGACAGGAAAGUUGAACUGGAAAGGAGAGGCGAAGAAGACUGUCCUAAGCACAAGAGAACGCCUGGCUUUGAAGCUGAGCACAGCCUCGCCCCCUGCCGGGAGCCUUGGUUAUUUGUAGACAAAGGCAACCCUGAGUUUUGUGGUUUUUCUCCCUUUCUGUGCUUGCCAAUUGUUGUUUUUUUGUUUUGUGGACCUGCUCCGGGGGCUGGCAGCUCCUUUAGGCAGCCUGACAAAAGUGGAACCCCCACUGAUGGCUGGGAAGGAGGUUGGGGGGGGGAGGAAGAGAGGGAGGGCUGGGGCAGGGGGAGGGGAAGGGUUGGGGAAGAAGGGGAGAAUGGGAAGCAGCUUUCUCGGUGGUCUCCACUUUGAGGUGUGGGGAUGGGGAGCCUCUGCUGUGGCUUGUGAGGGCCCCCCCGGGGGCCACUUCCUUCCCCGAUGACCGAGGGAGAGCCAAGACAUAAGCAGCAGUGGAAGACCUUGGUGGCAAGACCCACGCCGAGCUGAGGGAGAGGCCUGGACCCGAGAGAGCCCAGCCCGGCCAGCUGGGCUGACUGGGGAGAAGAUGCUCUCACCCCACCCACUCUGCAAGUGUGGACCAGGCCCAGACCCCAGGGCCCUUCCAGCUCAGAGAGCCUCAGACUGGAGGCAGACAGGCUGCCCACCCCUGCCCCCCAUCGGCAUUGAGAGAAUAAAGCAAGCUGCCUUUUUGAGGUGA